AAAAUUUUACUCAUAUUUACAAAUCAGGCUUUUCAAAUUGCUUGAAUUAAUAUUAAUUUUAGAUUAAUUUUGAUAUACCUACUAUAUAGACAAUAUUUAGGUUACAAUAUAAUUAUUGUGAUGGUUUCUUAAGUUUUCGUGCAAAAGCAGUAACAGAAUUUAUUGAACAAUGGACUCUGUAACAAUGGAUUAUUACGAACAAAUGUGUGAUACCGAUGAAGAUGAUGAAGAAAGUAUGAGGAUCUAUGAAGGCGGACAUUGGACUUGGGAUGAAAAAAUUCAGGGGCUAAAUUUCGUAAGCAACAAUCCUGGGACUGAAACAAUAGCAGUGAAAUUGCCGAAAAAACCCCCAACCGGAACUAUACAAUUCAGGGACAAUAUUGAUAUAAUGGAACAGAUGAGAUUUCGAAGAAGGUACCAAAGAAAAAUCAAAGUUGGACAAUUGGAUGUGGUCACCCUACAGGAUGUUAAAGACAUUGCCUUAUUCACGGCUCCAGUUACGUUAUUGAGCCCAAAGUUAAUAAAUUUGCUACACAUUCCGACCACUGAAAGAUUUAUAAGGGCACUCAUAUUUUGCUGUCAAUACUACCUACAGAUAGCUGAAGAAAUGGCUAAUCGGAUGAAAGAACAAGACACAAAAAUACGAACGCCAGCGUGUGACAUUAUAGAGAAAGAAUAUAGAGACAAUUUGGCGGAUGUACGACUUUUGGUGGCUAAGGAAUAUUGCACUAUGAUUAUGGGCGGCGCAGACACACGGAGAUUUCAUCAUAUGGGUUAUUCCAAAAGGAAGCAUUCAUUGUCAGACAGGGAUGCUCGUCUUUUUGAGAUGUUGUUGCGUAUGUGUGUUCAGAUUGUGUGGCUAGCUUUGGGUCGCAAAUCCUUUCAUCACAUAGAAUUGGAAGUGAAUCGCAUUUUCAAAUCUGAGAUAUUUAAUGCUACUGAGCACAACUUACGGACUGGAUACAUAAGCAAGAUGUCUAAGUCAGAGCGAAAUGUGUUACUAGGCUGUGUGAAACAGGGUUUCAAACUGAACACUUGUUCACCUCUUAUGAAUGAAGUCAUGUGCGAAAGGAACAUUGACUACCGUUUAUUGGCACUUGGCGUUGUCAAAUAUCCGGAAUUGUCGCCGCGCCUGAAAUAUAUGUUACUAGCGAUAGCAAGUCCGGAAGAAGAGCUGAUGAAUCUUGGAGUAACCGUUGGAGUUCUGGGAAUGCACCGUUCUCUCUUUGAUAUAAUGCUCCAUCCACUACCUCCUAUUAGUGCCAAAAGCAAAUUGAAAAGCUCCAUUCCGUCUGGAGUUACAGCUAGUACUAAAAGUGCGUCUUCUAUAAGCCAGAAAAGUCAAAAUCGAAUAAUUUUUCCCUGCAUCAUGUUACCGCCAAAGGAACGUAAAGAGAGUUAUUUUCCAUCUGAGUUUCCUAUUGAUCGCGAAACGCCUCGCCAUUGCAGUGAAGAGCAACUGUAUCGGUGGCAAUGUCGUCUUAUAAAACUCCUCCGUCCUCGAUACUCUUCGUGCCUGCACCGCAGCUCGAAUUAUCCAGAUAGCAUUCCUAUGAAAUAGUAAUGUAUCAACUACAUUAGUGAAAACGUGUGUACUUUUCUGCACCUUUGGCUUUGGGGCGUCGUCGCGAGGAGCAGAAUUUAACUAUUAUACAUAUUUAUUAUAAUUAUUUUCAUGAACCGCGUAGUCAUAGCCUUAGUUAAUAAAAACGUGUCAUGCUUGUGUUUCUGUGCCCUUAUUUAACGAGUUCGACAUCGGAAAAUUUUAUAAAACGUUCUAAAGAAGUCUCCCCGCAGUAUGACUAGGUUAUUUGGAUAAGGAGAUUUGUACUUGAGUAACCAAUUUUUGAAGAUAAUCUUGAAAAUCUAAUAAUCGUCCGUGAAAAAGAACUCAAAUCAUACCUACCUUACAUACUUAUAUAGAGAAAAAGUGUGUAUGGCCGGCUGUACGAGAUAUUGUAUUAACCACAUAGCAGAUCUCUACAGUUAAUACGUGAAGUCGUUAUCAACAUCAAGCAAUCGUGGUCUCGGCUGCAUGAAGUCGAUUAUGACUUCACGCGUUAACUGCAAACAUGCAGUCAAUCUGUUAGCAGCUUUAUAGAAGCGUGUAUACAUUGACCCACAUCGAGACAUAACCAAAAUGUCCUCGUUGUUUCAUCCUAAAUGAAUUUGUGACUUUGUGAAGACGACUAUCAAGAACAGCUAGUAUAUUUUUAGUAUAACUAGACAUUACGAAAUACCCUGCCAUAUAAAGUUAAAGGCGUCCUCUACUUUAACACAUUCAUAACGUAAUUCAUGGACAGUUCGAACUAUGAAUCGGAAUGUUCAUCGAGCGUGUUUGUAAGUUCGCCAGAAUUUACGAUGUCAUUGCUAACUUGCUCUCCGCGCCACUGAAUGAAUAUAAAGUUAUGUUAAUGCCACUAUUGCGUCGACUUCAAACCUUAAAACUUGCAAAAGAUAUCUCUUACUAAAAAUAUUGACUAUUUGGCAAGAGUAUCAUUUGUACGUAUGAAACAUAAAUGCUGCGUUUGUCUGACAC